AUGCCGGGUGUGGUGCUGAUUCCACGUGGACCUGGCCCCGUCAAUACUUUGGGCUUUACUGUGCUGCGGCCGCGGAUCCGCGCCCCCUCGCGCCGAGCCAGGGAGUCCGAGAAUGGUGAAAGUGCAGACGAGAAACGGCCCAAACGGCGAAGACAUAUGUCCAAGCCGCGCAAGGACAGUGGCACAGAUCGAGUCCGCCAGCGGCUUCGCUCAUGGAACAGGGAGGCCAGUGAGGAGAACCCACACAUGCGGCCCCGCUCUUGCUCGCGCAGCGUUGCAGACACUGCCGGGACGGAAGAGGACAGUGGCCACCAGGAAGCGCACAGGCCUCUUCGGCGAAGACGUCGCAAGGUGCCAAAGAAGCGCCGCGGGGCUCUGCGGCAAAGCGCCUUGCGUCCUCGUCUGCAUGUCUCUGCACGCGUUCGUGGAUUGCAGGAAGAUUAUGAUUCGGAGCUUCUGAGCAAGUGCAUGCUCACCAGGCAAACGAAGGACGGGCCGAACAGCCACAAACCACAGGAGCCGGAUCCACCGCCAGAGGGCGCUCGCGAGAAAUCAAGGCUCGUCGAGCAAGUCGCAGAGCUGGAGGAUGACCUAAAGCAACCGAUCUCUAUGGUGCCUCAAUCUGGUGAUGUGCUCCAGGAGGCCGAUCGGUCAAGUCAUGGUCCUUUGAUGGCGGAGUGUUUCGAGUCGGCAGCGCUGCUGACAUCUGUGCCCGUGCUGGAAGCCGCAGAUACUGCAAUUGGUGCUGUCGCUUCGACGGCUCUGACGCACGAGCAGGAACCAUUGCAGGCAGAUACCCAGAAGGUUUCUGCAGGUCCCAGACGCUUUCAGCGGCCUCGCUGGUGGCGGCCCCAACGGGCAGUGGUGCCCGCAGCCAUGCUACAGCUUCAGGAGCUCUGCACCGAAAUGAAGGCGGAACGCCGAGCGCUCUGCAAGGCUACACGGGGGUCCGCGAAGGAUGGCGUUGGCGCUGCCGCAGAGCUGCGACAGUUGCUGCAGAAGUGUGGGCAAGACUUGGAGACGCGCUUCGACUCGCUGGCAGCACGCUUUAGUGCGAAUUGUCAGGAGCGGAAGGUGUUGACAAUGCAACAUCAAGAGCUUCAGCUGGCCUACGCGAAGCUUCUCGCCGGGCCGGAAUGGAAGCCUCGGAGGGGGGCCCUGAGGCCGCCGUCGACCCUGCACUCCCAAAGUUGGGGUGGAGGUGAGGACUCGAACCCCGAGUCAGACGACGACGUCAUCGUUGAGGAGGCACCGGUGGAGCCUGCGAUGGGCGUGUCCGAGCGGAUACCAAAGCAG